AUGACUAAAUUUAUAUUAAACCCUGCAAGAAAUAGUGAAAAAGGAACAAAGAACGUGAUUGCUCGGAAAUCUUCACAACCCACAACGGCUUCAUCAUUCUUCUUUACCGUUUUCUAUACUCUCUUUUACGCUGCUUUGGAUAUUAAAGUUGAUUCAUUCGUUGUUGUUCUUACUUUUCUUUGUUGGGUUUCUUCUAGUUUCAUCGUUAAUUCCAUCAGUUUCGAACUCGCUUGGAAGAAUUUUGUGAUUGGUUAUUUUACAGAUUCUAGCAGUGUUGUCAAUAAAGAUGAAUCUACUCCCAUUGUUAUUUUGAUUCCUGGUUUAACAAGUGAUUCUUCAGCUCCUUAUCUCAAACACCUUGCAUAUCAUACAGCAAAACGUGGAUGGAAAGUUGUUGUCAGUAAUCAUCGAGGACUUGGAGGUGUUCCAAUCACGUCUGAUAUUUUCUACAAUUCUGGAUGGACUGAGGAUACUCGCACAGUUGUUAAUUACGUCCACAAAGAGAAUCCCAAGGCACCUUUGUUUAUUGUUGGAAAUAGCGUUGGAGCUAAUAUUCUGGUAAAAUAUCUUGGCGAGGAAGGUGAGAACACUCCUGUAGCUGGAGCUGUAGCUGUUUGCUCUCCUUGGGACCUUUUGAUAACUGAUAGAUUUAUAACUCGUGCUCCUGUGCAAAAGUUUUAUGACAAAGCACUAACAGGCGGCCUUCAAGAUUAUGCAAAAUUACACCAGCCUCUCUUUUCUCGGCUUGGUAAUUGGGAAGGGAUAAUGAAGGCACUUUCUAUUCGAGAUUUCGAUGACCACGCCACUCGAUUGUUUGCAAAGUAUGAGACUGUUGAUACGUACUAUAGACGUUGCAGCAGUACUCCUUAUGUGAAAUCUGUAUCAAUUCCGCUUCUCUGUAUUAGUGCUCUGGAUGAUCCCGUCUGUACCAAGGAAGCCAUUCCAUGGGACGAAUGCAGGUUAAAUAAAAAUAUUGUGUUGGCCACUGUAAAGCAUGGAGGACAUUUGGCUUUCUUUGAAGGAAUAACUGCAUCUAGCCUGUGGUGGGUAAGAGCUGCUAAUGAAUUUCUUGAUGUACUACACUCUAGCCAUUAUAUGCAUCAACAGAAGAAGAUUUCUAAACCAAACGCACCAUUAGACUCUUCAAUCGAUCAGAGCCCUUAUAUCAAUGUUACCGAAGAUGGAUUGGUGGCUGGACUGAACAAUGAACCAACAACAGAAAUCCAGAAGAAAAACAAGUAAUACAGGAGAAUAUAUUCUUGUAUGACUUGGUGCA